AUGCCUGUAGGGACCUGCCUGACUGCUGCCGUGUUCCCGUUUGGCAGAGCCGCCCACGCUCUCGUCGUUCACCUGCUCCCACGGCUGCCCGCCACGGAUUUUUCCGAUUUCUUCUCCGGUAUGUCGCUUUCAAAACCUACCGCUUCUCCGGGGAAUAGCCUAUCACGGGCCUGCCCGGCCGCGUGUGGAGCGCUAAUCGCUGCUAAGGAUCUUCACCCGUUCUGCGUGGUUUGCUUGGGCCUUAAACACGCUCAAGAAGCAUUGGAGAACCCGGAAAAUUGCAGUAAUUGCCUUAUGCUGCCCAGAAAGCUUUUACGACGCCGUCUUAAAGUUGCAGCGACCCAGUGCGCCGAGCUCGGUUUUUCUGACUCAGAUGGGGGACACGGUGACGACGACGCGCUACCGGGGGACUCCCGGGGCGCAUCCUCACUUGUUUGGGCUGACCAGCCCAAUCCCGCAUUCCCCGAAGAGGACAUCUUCGCGGGCAACCUCAUGCUCGCCGACGGACCGGCCGGUUCCGGCGAUGAGGAUGAUGCGGCCCUUCUCGGGGUCUCAGAGGACGAGGAGGCCAUCCCGCCCUCUGGCGUUCCCCAGGCUAGCGGCCACGCAGCCCUGCCUCAGUCCAUCCUCCUGGAAGUGUGUGAGCGAGCGGCCGCUCGCCUCAACAUUGAGUGGCCGGCUCCACAGAGCGCCACCGACCAGGAGAGGGAUAUUUACGACGGGAAAGUGUUGGGACCUCCUCCCGGUCCGAGGAAACAACUCUUCCCCGUCCUUCCAGCGUGCGCUAAGCAUAUGAGGCACAAUUGGAGCGACCCGCUCGACUUCAAACACGGCCUUUCGGGGCUUGAAGUAAAAGAUAUGGCAUCUCAUGGUAUGGGUGACCCCCCCGCUAUCGAGCCGUCCAUCGCCAGGCACCUUAACCCCGCUCAGGGCGGGCUGCUCGCUCCCCCUAAGCCGGUCUUGCCAAACAAGAUGGACCGUUUUUCCGCCUCAGUUCACCAGGCCGCAUACAAGUCCUCGGCCUUGGCUGUCAGGGCCCUCAACGUCUCGUCUCUCCUCUCCGCCUACCAGGCGGAGCUUUUGGACGAAUUAGGCCAACAGCUAGAAAAGGGAACUCCUUCUCUACCCCUGUGGAAGGAGAUCCUCACGGUGAACGACCUCGUCCUUCGUAACGCUCGGCAGGCCGUCCAAGCCUCCGGGCGCUCUAUGGCGCUUUCUGUGGUGGGAGAGCGCGCGCUCUGGCUUAACCUGUCAGGCCUUCCUGACAGUGAGAAGCGGCGCAUCGCGGGCGCGUCGGUUGAGCCCGGCCGGGCUCUCUUCGGUCCCGCUGUCGCAUUGAUGCAACAACGGUGUGACGACAAAAAGAAGGAGGACGAGGCCUUCAAAUUAUGUCUCCCUAGGAAGGCGGCCCCACGCCAGACAACCCCUGCGCGUUUGCCAAACAUUCCAGCCAUGGGACGACACUUCCACCAGGGCAAGGAAAGGCCCCGCAACAAACCCCCACAACGGCAGAAUAACCCACCGCCUGCUAAGCACUGGGGAAAAUCGACUCCCGCCGCGGCCGCGGCGGGAAAACCACCUAACCCUUCCCCCAUCGACUCGAAACAUGGCGCCAUUGUAUCACAAAUAAACCAGCUGGGCUUACACAGCCCCGCUGCAGCUCGGGUGGGAACGCUCGCAAGUCACGAAUGGGCUUGGCGAACUGUUUCGGCUCCCGAGUGGGUGAUGCGUACUAUAAUGCAGGGAUACAGACUGCAGUUUGCAAUGAAACCCCCGCAUUUCAACGGCGUUCUCUCUUCACACACGGAAGAGAACGCCUCACACAUUCUGAAAGAGGAAAUAUCCUCCCUCCUAAACAAGGGAGCGAUUCAAGUGGUGCCCCCCAGUCUGAUGAAUCAGGGAUUUUAUUCUCGUUAUUUCCUGGUCCCAAAAAAGGACGGCGCUCUCCGUCCUAUUUUGGACCUUCGUGUGUUGAACAAACAUUUGAGGAAAUACAAUUUCAGAAUGCUGACCCAUGGCUCGCUCGCCCGCGCCAUAAAACCGAACGACUGGUUCACAUCGGUCGACCUGAAAGAUGCUUUCUUCCAUAUAAGCAUUUAUCCGUCACACAGGAAGUUUCUUCGUUUCGCCUACCAAGGCACAUGUUACGAAUUCACAGUUCUGCCGUUUGGGCUCAGUCUGAGCCCCCGGUGCUUCUGUCUGUGUGCGGAGGCGGGUUUAGCACCCAUGAGAAUGUCAGGUCUGAGGAUUCUGACAUACAUAGACGAUUGGCUCAUCGUAGCCGAAUCGAAAGAGAAAGUAUUGCAGGACACCUGCCGUGUGCUCACGCACAUCACAUCUCUCGGGUUCAGAGUGAAUGUGAGCAAGAGCAAUUUUACACCCAGUCAGAAUGUCAUUUUCCUGGGUUUGGAGUUGAACUCAGUCUCCAUGCGAGCGCGUCUCUCUCAAGAGCGCGUUCUCUCUCUAAUGAACUGUCUGUCGCAGUUCAGAGAGGGGGCGAAAGUACAAUAUCGCACAUGCCUCAGGCUGCAGGGUCUUAUGGCUUCAUCAAUCCAGGUUGUACCGCUGGGACUCCUGAGAAUGAGAGCGUUCAUGAAAUGGGUUUUGUCACUACAUUUCAGCCCGACGCGCGAUCUUUGCCGCUCUGUAAUAGUGACGCGCGCCUGCUCGGCAGCCUUGCGCCACUGGAAGAGCGCAGACUUUUACGCACAGGGAACCCCUCUGGGGACGGUUAUGAUGCGGAAAGUUGUGACGACAGAUGCGUCCUUAACAGGCUGGGGCGCCACCCAGGAGGGCAGAACGGUGAACGGUCUGUGGCCGAGCAGACUAAGUUCAGCGCACAUAAAUUAUUUAGAGCUUAUGGCCGUAUGGAAAGCUCUGAAUCAUUUUCUGCCUCGCCUGCAGGGACAUCAUGUGCUCGUACGCUGCGACAAUACCACGACAGUGGCUUAUAUCAACCGUCAGGGCGGCGUGCACUCGUCGAAACUUCACGCUCUAGCUUACAAGCUUCUAGUGUGGAGCGGACGGGUUUUCCUGUCGUUACGCGCGACUCAUGUUCCGGGCCUUCUAAACAGAGGUGCGGAUCUUCUAUCAAGGGGAAACCCAAUCUACGGAGAUUGGCGCCUUCACCCGCAGAUAGUGGCUGUGUUAUGGAUGAGAUUCGGACAGGCAACCGUAGAUCUAUUCGCCUCGCGCGAAAACUACCAUUGUCCUAUGUUCUUCUCGCUAAAGGACGUGGACGCGCCCCUCGGGGUGGAUGCACUGGCCCACCCGUGGCCCAGUGUGCUGCUGUAUGCCUUUCCUCCCCUGUGCCUGAUAAUUCCUACACUGGCCAGGGUGAGAGAGCAGGGCCUGUCUCUCAUUCUGAUAGCACCCAGGUGGCCCAAAGCACCAUGGCUGGCGGAGAUAAUCCCUCUGUUAUAUGCCGAGCCGUGGCGCCUUCCCCCCCGCACGGAUCUAUUGUCCCAAGCGAACGGGGAGAUUUAUCACCCGCACCCGGACAGGGUGGCUCUUUGGGCUUGGCCCGUGAGAGGACGAACCUAAGCGCACUUGG